GGCCAACCACAGUUAGAGUCCCCGACGUGGCUUGCUUUCUCACUUCGUAACUUGCUUCCUCCACGUCAGUAGCUGAACUCGAGGCCGUCAAGACCCCUAUUUUGUUGGGUCGUCUGUUCCGUCCCCAGCACCUAUCAACGCCUGACCAGCCGAGCUGCUCACCCGUACAUGCCGAACCAAGGAAAAGCAGGCUUCAAGUCCGGGUUAGCGAUACGCAGCUUGGUGACCUCCGCCGUCCACUGCAGGAUCUGCGCCUGCGCUGCCGUACGUAAACAGCCCAGAAGGGGCUGUUCAGAUCCCGCCCCGGGAAACGAUUUGGACUCCCUCGCCCCAAACACGUUACCAAGAGCCAUCACUGUCCGAACCACAACGACAAGAGUCCCAAGCACUGCUGCUCAGCGGCGGCCUCGGCGUGAUCUGGAUGCUCAAAGGCCCUCUCUGCGUUGGCACGCGCACAUCCCUCCGGACGAACUACACCUCCCACAGUCCCCAUCGGCCGAACCACCCCUGCGCGGAGUGGGGUGAGGGUGGCGCUGGCCACAGGGGUGGGACAGGGCUCCUGGCCGUACUGCCUGUGUGUUCUUGGCACAGCCUGUGUUCGCCGGAAGGGAAGAUAUCAGUCUCUCCCCGGUAAACGGGUCAUCUGUCCCGCUCAGGUACGAUUCUGCACUCUGCACCCCUUGGGGGGUCCCCUCAGUGCGCAACCGCAGAUGGUGUAACCCAGAGGGGACUCCGGCCGAGGCCAGGAGACUGGAGGACAGGCCGCGCACGCAUGCGCAGAGCGGCAGCAUGGAGGCGAGCGCCGCGGAGUCCUUUCCCCGAGGCUGUGAGUGAAGAUCAUUGCUGGGAAGCACUCUGGGUACAAUAAUGAACACCAGGUACAUGAUGAUGGCUCACAUCUUAAAAUCUCAUCUGAUAAAUCCUUCAAUAAUUUCCAGUCAUCUGACAAUGCUUCCAUAUAUUGGUAUCAUUAAAAAUAGAAUGAUGUCUACUCAUAAAUCCAAAAAGAAGAUCCGAGAAUAUUAUAGGCUGCUGAAUCUGGAUGAAGGGUGCUGUGCAGACGAUGUCAGGGAAUCUUUUCGUAAGCUUGCCAAGCAGUACCAUCCAGACAGUGGCUCUAGUACUGCUGAUUCUGCAACAUUUAUAAGGAUAGAAGAAGCCUACAGGACGGUGCUUUCCCAUGUGACAGAACAAACAAAUAGCAGACAGAAUAAAAUUGAUGAAGGAGAAGAAGAAGAAGAAAAGUUCGAAUAUAAAACACCCCAACACCGGCAUUAUUUAAGUUUUGAAGGUAUUGGUUUUGGGACGCCAAGUCAACGAGAGAAGCAAUAUAGGCAAUUUCGGGCAGACCGUGCAACUGAACAAGUGAUGGAAUAUCAAAAGCAGAAACUCCACAGCCAGUAUUUUGCUGAUAGUUUAACGGUUAAAGAUGUAAGACAGAGCAAAGAACAGAAGAUCACUAAAGCAAUAGAACGUUUGGUGGAGGACCUUAUUCAGGAGUCAAUGGCAAAAGGAGACUUUGACAAUCUCAGUGGGAAAGGAAAACCUCUGAACAAGUUUUCUGACUGCUCGUAUAUUGAUCCCAUGACUCACAACCUGAACAGAAUAUUGAUAGAUAAUGGCUAUCAACCAGAAUGGAUCUUAAUGCAAAAGGAAAUAAAGGAUACUAUCGAGCAACUCAGAGAGGCCAUUUUAGUGUCUAGGAAAAAACUUGGGAAUCCGAUGACACUGACUGAGCAGAAACAGUGGAACCAAGUUUGUGAGCAAUUUCAAGAAAAUAUCAGAAAACUAAACAAGCGAAUCAAUGAUUUUAAUUUAAUUGUUCCCAUCUUGGCCAGGCAAAAAGUCCAUUUUGAUGCACAGAAAGAAAUGAUCAGAGUCCAGAAAAUAUAUGAGGCCCAUAUGAAAACAGAAGAUGUUGCAGAUAAAAACCCAAAGAGCAGUGAUCAAGGAGAAGGAGAGGUAACACCUAGAGUCAAGACCAGCUUUUUAAACUGGGUGAAUCUGUGGAGAUUUAUUAAAAUAUGACUGCUCUGGUGUCCACUGUCAUAGUCCUGCCCCAAUCAUCUUUAGUUGCACUGACCUCAGACACAGAGGCUGAGAUUUAUUACUGUAACUCAAGAAAUUGCGAAUCGCAUAUCUUUAUUCUUUUCACAAAACUAAUCACAU